CUCGCACGUCACAUUUCCGACAGCACGUGAACGCCCCUGGCUGGAAGCACUACUAAACCAAAGCGGACCAAAGCGGACCAAAUCCGGGCUGAUUCCUCACACCACGGGGCACGGCCACAUUCCAAGACGACCCCGGGGAUCUGCGACGAAGCCACACCGAGCGCUCCAACCCCCCGUCAUGUGGCGUAGCUGCUGGGCCCUGGUGCUCCUGGUGGCCUGUGCUCCGGCUGACCCAUCCAGCAGCUCGGACUGUGGCCCCACGACGAUGCCUUCGCUGUCCAGGUGAGCGACCAACACAAGGCCGAGCUGAGCCACCGACAGCACCUGGAGGCUCUUUUCAACAGGUACGGGGAGAAUGGCUCCAUCUCUCUGGCCGGACUCAGGCGUCUGCUGCAGAAUCUCGGUCUGGACCGGAUCCGAAACGUAACAGUUCAGCACCACGAGAAACCGGGCCGCCAUCACCACGGCAACCACAGACACCAUCACCACCAUCACCACCACGAUCACCACAGUCACAAUCACACGGACCACAAACAGGACAAGAACCAGCAGCCGGACAGCCACGGCCACAACGGUCACGAGCAUGGCGACCACAGCCAUGACGAACAUGAUCAUAAUGACAGUCACCAUGACGACCACAACCAUGACCAUGACGCCCACAACCAUGACGACCACAGCCAUGACCAUGACGACCACAACCAUGACCAUGACGACCACAGCCAUGACGACCCACAGCCAUGACCAUGACGACCACAGCCAUGACCAUGACGACCACAGCCAUGACGACCAUGACCACAGCCUUGACGACCACAACCAUGACCAUGUUGACCACAGCCGUGACGACCACGACCAUAACGACCACAAACAUGACCAUAACCAUGAGCACAAUAAUGAAGCUCAGGACCAAAGUUCCGAUAAGCCGAGUCAGAAGUUGCUCGAUGAGGCAGGGACAAAAAUGGGGAAAGACGAGAUUGAGAAGAACAAGGUCCCCGAAAGCACCACAGCUUCUGGCGUCCGCAGAGUGAAACGAGAGGAGCCCACCAGCGCACGCAGCCAGAGCAACCCCCUCCAGCCACACGAGGGCGGCAGCGAGCAGGAGGACCCCGUGCUGGACCGCUCACAGUGUCUGAACGCCUCCACCCUCCUGUCGUCUCACGGGUUGAGCGCAGAGGGAGGGCUGACGCUGGGGGACUUCAGUCUGCUGUGUCCCUCUCUGCUGGACCAGCUGGACCGGGGGGCGUGCAUCCGCCACGGCACCGGAUCCAGGCAUCACCAUGGAAACCACAACCACACGGAGCACAGCGACGCCCCUGCUAUAGAGAGCAGGAACGUCGUCACAGCGUGGGCGGGGGGCUUCACCUCCAUCACCAUCAUCAGCCUCCUGUCUCUGCUGGGAGUGGUCCUCAUCCCGCUCAUGAACAAGGUCUUCUUCAACUUCCUGCUCAGCUUCCUGGUGGCCCUGGCUGUGGGCACGCUGAGUGGAGACGCCUUCCUGCACCUCAUCCCUCAUUCCUUAGUGGGACAUCACCACUCAGACGAAUUUCACCAUGGAGACCACGGGGACCACGGGGACCACAUGGACCACGGGGACGACAGCAUGGACGGGGUUUGGAAGGGCCUGACCGCUCUGGGAGGAGUCUACUUUAUGUUCCUCAUCGAACACUUCCUCACACUUGGCAAGAUGUACAAGGACAAGAAGAACAAGACUCAGAAAAAGGCCGAGCUUCAGGACAAAGAGGAGCAGGCCGUGCUGAAGGAGGACCUGCUCAAGAACCAUGAAGAGGUGGAGGCGGCGGUCCCUGCUGGCGUGGCGGAGGAGGAGCAGGUGAUGCUCACUCCCUCGGUGCAGGUCCUCUCGGCGCAGGGCUACACCGAGCAGGACUGUGAGAACAAGUGCCACUCCCACUUCCACGACACGGUGGGACAGGCCGACCACAAACAUCACCAUCACCACGACUACCACCACAUCCUGCACCACCACCACUCCCAGAACCACCACCCCCACUCCCACUCACACUCCCACGGGAUGAGCCGUCUGCAGGAGGGCGGCGGCAUCGCCUCGCUCGCCUGGAUGGUGGUGAUGGGGGACGGCCUGCACAACUUCAGCGAUGGCCUGGCUAUUGGAGCUGCAUUCACACAGGGCCUGUCCAGUGGCCUGAGCACCAGUGUAGCUGUGUUCUGCCAUGAGCUGCCACAUGAACUCGGAGACUUUGCGGUGCUGCUGAAGGCGGGGAUGACGGUGAAGCAGGCCAUCUGGUACAACGUGCUGUCGGCCAUGAUGGCGUACCUGGGCAUGGCCACGGGGAUUCUGAUUGGACACUACGCGGAGAACGUGUCCAUGUGGAUCUUUGCCCUCACCGCUGGGUUAUUCAUGUAUGUUGCCCUGGUGGACAUGAUGCCCGAGAUGCUGCACAAUGAUGCCGGGGAGCACGGCUUCAGCCACUGGGGCUUCUUCGGUCUGCAGAACGCCGGAAUCCUCCUGGGCUUCUGCAUCAUGCUCCUCAUUGCACUGUUCGAACACCGCAUCCGCCUGGAGCUGGGCCAAUGACGGGCCGGGCGUCACCUAGCCCCGCCCACGUUUCAAACUGACCCGAGAGUACGGCCAGCGCUGGGCUCAUAGACACCUUUUUAGUUUGCGCUACUGCUGGAGUGUUUGGUUUAUUUGGGAGAAAAAGACACUGAAAAAACAAGCUUUGAAGAAAAACGUGCUCCGAACGCGUCGAGAGUCAGCAGGUCCACAGUCCAUGCGUGUUGGUGUCUGUCUGUGGAACCGUGCGUGUUCAUACUGUGUGUGGACCCACCAAGUCUCUGCUGGACCUCCACUGACAUCACUUCAUGAAGAUAACGCUAAAGGGAAACUCAGAGGCAUGUUUGCAAAGCCCAUCACGCCACAGACAAUUUAGGAGAAAAAAAAAAAAAUCUAAAUAGUUUCUUCGGAAUCUCAUGUCAUGGUUGGUAAGAGAAUUUAAAGAGGUGGUAUUAUACUAACUUUUCACCAUGUUGUUAUCAUGUUCCCUCAUCAAAAACAUGCCUGAAGAGGUUUUCUGAAUCAUUUGUGCAUGUUUGUGUCCUUAUAUAUGGUUUCAUACUGCAAACCAUAAGUCCCAGGAUUCCCACGGUCAUGGAAAUCCUGGAAAAGUCCUAGAAUUUUAGUACGUCUUUCACGCAACUACAGCGUUUCGUUAAGUUAUGAUUAGGCUAUUAUGAUUAUUUCCGAGUGUCUGCGCCUUUUUGUUUAAAAGAAAUGACAAUUUGAAUGUUAAAAAACUACAAUGCCAAACUAAGGUGAGUGGAAAGAGUUAACAUUUCAUAUUUAGUCUAAAAAGUCUGCGAAAUUCUGCACAUGUAGGGUGCUGUAAAGUCAUGGAAAAUUCACUUUAGGUCAUGAAAAAUUGUAGCCAGGUUCGCGCGACCUAGUGCCUCUGCUCAAUUUCAUUUCUCCAGCGACUAGGUCAGGAAUCGGAAUACACUAGACGAUUCGCAAAAACUGCAGAAGUGCCAAUCAGCGAAGAGCCAUGCAUUCUGUGUUGGCAACGAUUCCAGAGAUGGAGGAUUUAAAGCUGGAACAAAGAGAACGUUUGGUGAAUUUUAUCAAGGGGAAAGACGUUAUUGUCCUUCUUCCUACGGGAUUUAGGAAAAGCUUAAUAUACCAGUUCACCCCGUAAGUGACACAUUACAUACGUCACGACCAAACAGCAGCGAUUGGUUAAAUAAAAAAAGUACCUGCCUACCGUCGAGCGAACGAAAUCUAAUGCUGCGAGGUCAGACGGUUUCCUCAAAGUGAACCCGUCUGAUGAAUCAGGCUGGAAAAAGUUUUGAAAUUUGGUCAGUGAAAAAGCGUGGGAAUCCUGCAGUCCACAAACCUACGUAACAGCAAGCGGACGGCAAAAACAAAGCUACAAUUCAUUUAACUUUUUUUUGUUUUCGCCGAUUAUAGCAUUUUCAAGCCAAAAAAACGCAACACGGUGAUCUAAAUAUGGUAUGUCUUAGCAGUUCAUAGAAGUGUAAUACCUCCUCUUUAAAGAUACAGGAUGUAACUUUUUUGAUAGAGAGCCUGCCACCUGCUUGUCUCCAUGGAUAUGUUAACUGCUUCAUUUGGAACUUUUCACAGUAUGGCUUUAAAGUUAUUUAAGUUGCAUUUAUUUAAUUGGUCAAAAAUACUUUAAAAAAAAUACACAUUCUUGACCUGUAACUUGACCUCGCUUGUCUCUAUAGCGAUGGAUAAGUUCAUUGCCAGACUGUAGAACAUUCCAGCUAAGAUCACCAUGGAGACGAGCGCUCUCCACCAGAAAAGUUCCAUGGUGUCCCCUUUUUCGAAAGAACCGAAGAAGCGAGAAAGAAACGAUCGUGUUUUCGUUUGCGGUCAGUCGUGUCACCCGAGCGCGGAAGCUCUUUAGAGACGGUCGCGGGUUUUGUCGUUUGCCUUCCCUGAGCGUGUCUUGUGCCCUCGAGCAAGACGCUUCACCUUCAUUGUCAGUUUCUGUUCAUUUUCUGUUAGUAUCGAAAUCCAUGGGUCCAUAUCAAAACGUUGUUACGCAUAAUCACCAUGGCAGUGUUGGGAGAUCAUCAAGUUUUUUUGUUUUUUUUAUUAUUAUUAUUAUUAUUAUUAUUGUUAUUUUAUUAAUUUUUUUGAGUGAACAUUCCACAGUGCUGUUUUUUAUUGUCUGUUUACAUCACUUUUGUUACAAUCAAUGUAUACGUAAAGGCUACAUGAAGGUACAACUAGGGCUGGGUACUGUUUGAGAGUAGUUUUUGGGACCAGUAUUUACAGAACGCAAGUAUUUGGUUUAUCGUUGGUUUUUACCGUUACCAAAGGGUUGAAAGUACCGUAUUUUUCGGACUAUAAGGCGCACUUAAAAUCCUCUAAUUUUCUCAAAACUCGACAGCGCGACUUGUGUGUUAAUUCUGGUUGUGUUUACUGACCUCGAAUCGAUUUUAUGUGGUACAUGGCGCUCAAAAAUCUGUCAAAAUAUUUUAGUACGACUUCGGUAAGCUACAAAGCCUCAAUGCUUGAUGGAUUGUCAGAGUCAGGAGCCUUGCGGACUAAAGGGCGAAGUAUAGUUCUACGUCGACUCAACGCACACUGCAGUCAUGUCCUUUGAGUCGUGUCCUUUAGUCCUACAGAAGCUGACCACAUCUGGGUACGAGGAGCGAGCUGUUUUUUCAGCGCUUAUAGUUUAUGCAAAUGAGCCAAGUGGUUUUAAGUUUAGUUUCUGUAAAACGUAAACAAAUGUGCGCAAAGCUGCAUUAAACACAUUAUUACUCAGUGUAUAUUUGAAUCAUCCUCGUAGGAAAUAAAAAAAGCAAACUUAAACGAUCAACCCGCAUUCACAUUCUUAAUACACAUUCACCAAGACAGGGAGGCAACACCGGGCGAAUUACGCUACGAUUUGCCGAUGUAUUGUGGACGCCUGGGCUAAGGUUUCAGUCUCAAGUGUCGUCCGUUUGUUUCGUUUGGUGCGCCUUAUGUAUGAAAAUAGACGAGAGACUUCAACAUUAUUGAUAUUACGCCUUAUAGUCCGAAAAAUACGGUAACUAAUGACAAAAAGUACUUGUGUUACUUUUGAGUUGUGCUUUUUGGGGUUAUUUAAACUUUCAAUAUCCAUGUAAUUGUUUUUUUGUUAUAUUAUAAUCACAGGAGUUGGCAGCAUAACUCCUAGUAGCACUUCAUCGGCUGCUCUGAUUGGCCAGAGCUCAGAAAAAAAGGUGGAUUGUGGUUUAAAAGAAGCCAAAAAACGACCCAGUUCAGCUUUAAACGGUUUAAUUACUCUAGUUUUGUGAAAGACUGACUUCAGAAUGUACAAAAACUGUAACUGGUACAUUGACGAGUAUUUUUUUUUAUACGUACUUUGACUUGAGUACAAAUGUGGCAGCUGUACGUUCCCACUGCCGAUACUUAACUACCUACUUAUUUUUACCGCACAUACUGUAAUAGUUAAUAAUUCUGUAAUCUGUAAUCAUUUGUGUUUUUCUCAGUAUUUACAAGACGUCAAAAUUUUUGGUUAAAAUUCAAAACCUUAACUUUUUAAAAACAGAGGGUAUUACGCAAGAUCAAAUGUUUGGAGCUUUCUACUAUGUUUUAACGUUGUUCCCUCAUCAAAAACAUGCAUGAAGAGGUUUUAAAUCUCGUUCAAGCAUGUUUGAGUAAUGUAGCGAUCUCUCUAACUCUCUUUACGGUGCGCGCUAAGGCUCUGUACGACAAUUCUCCAUAAAUAUGCAAAAACAUGGUACAAAACUGUACGCAAUACAACUUUACAAACCUACUUUUACUUAUUGGGAGGCGCGCUGAUUGUGUUGUGAUGGCAAUCUGAAGGGGGGGUGACUUAGAGCAGAGAGCAAGGUGAGGGGAGACUCGAAAACCAAAGCGAAAUAUGUUAAUACGUUGUUUUCGGGAAAUGUAGCAUUUUCAAAAAAUAAAAGGGUAACGUGGGGAUCUGAAAAUGUCAGAUAUACUACGAGGAAGUGUUUAAACAGUACCCAGCCCCAGGUUUGUUUAAAAUACUGAAUGUCUUUGAAAGUAGAUUUUUUUUUUUGAUUUACUGGAGGGUAGAGGAGGUGUUGAAAUCUUGUGGUUAAAGAGUUAAAUGUUACAAAUUCAAGGGCUGAGAACCAAAAGGUUGUGGGAUUCUGCAGAUUUGAGAACAUUUCAAGUGUUAAGCAAAUUAAGUCCACAUUUAAAACAUUUGUUCCGAUGAAAUUUCAAUUUUGUUUUCACAGAUGGCAAAUGUUGUUGUUUCCCAUGUCACAGUUUUGGUGGAGAGUCUGCUUCCUGCUUGUGUCAUGAGGAUUUUUUUUUUUUUCCACAGUACGGCAUUAAAGUGCAUAUGGCAGGUUUUCACGGUUUUCCAAUUACAGUAUUUUUUGGACUAUAAGGCGCACUUAAAAUCCUCUAAUUUUCUCAAAAAUCGACAGUGCGCUUUAUACUGUUUGAGAGUACUUUUCGGGACCAGUAUUUAAAGAACAUAAGUACUUGGUUUAUUGAUGUUUUACCAUUGCCAAAGGGUGGAAAGUACCGUAUUUUUCGGACUAAAAGACGCACUUACAAUCCUUUAAUUUACUCAAAAAUUGACAGUGCGCCUUAUGUAUUAAUUCUGGUUGUGCUUUCUGAACGCAAACUGAGUUUAUGUGGUACACAGUGCUCAAAAAUGUGUCAGAAUGAUUUAGUACGACUUUGGUAAACUACAAAGCCGCACCUCUUGAUGGAUUGUCGGAGCAUUACGGCGACUGUAAGUCAGGAGCUGAACCGCAUCGGUGCAGAAGGAGCGAGCUGUUUUUUCAGAGCUUAUAGUUUAUGCAAAUGAGCCACGUGGUUUUAAGUUUUGUUUCUGUAAAAAGUAAACAAAUGUGCGCAAAACUGCAUCAAACACAUUAUUACUCAAUGUAUAUUUGAUUCUGCCUCGUAGGAAAUAAAAAUAAAAAAAAACUUAAAUGAUCCACCCACAUUCACCAAGACAGGGAGGCGACGCCGGGCGAAUUAUGCCACGAUCUGCCGAUGGAUCGUGGACGCCUGGGCUAAGGAUCAGUCUCAAGGGCCGUCUGUUCCGCUUAAUGCGCCUUAUAAUCCGGUGUGCCUUAUGUAUGAAAAUAGACGAGAGAAUUCAACAUUACUGAUAUUGCACCUUAUAGUCUGAAAAAUACGGUAGUACUUGUUUUGCAUGAGUAAAGAAGCAGUUUGUGGAAAAAAGUUGAAAACGACAGGAUAAAAAUACAUGACACCGUUUUGUCUAUUGAUACUUUGCUGUGUCAACAUGAUGGGGGUGUUCUGCCUGUAUGCUUAUGGUAGAAUAUUCAGCAGUUACCAUGAUGACACAGUGCAUACAUUAGCAAACACUGCCAAAAACCUUUUCAGAUUUAAAAAAAAAAAACAACAACACAAAAUAGACUUCAACAGCACAUUUUCAGGAGGCUGUGAUUAGUCCGAGCAUUCGUGGUCGUGUUUAGGAGUUUGAAUUUCAACAAAAAAAGUGAGAGCGUGACAAAUUGUAAAACUGUUUGCAAACGUUUAGGGCUGUGUAAAGAGCAAAUAGACUGUGACUGUAAUGUCAUGUGCGAGGGAUUAGUUUAACAGCACAAAUCACCUGUUGUAGUUCCAGCCAAGUCAGCUCAUUAUUAUCAGAUUGUGUUUGACUAACCUGAACUUUCAGUAACUUGAGCUUCAGACAGAGCAGAUCGCAAAGUAUCAAUACAGAAAACCCAACCGACGUUAACAACAUUUCCAACCUAGAAAAAUUGAGCAAGAUUUGUCGUAUCAUCUUAAACAGUGGUCCCCAACCUUUUUUGAGCCACGGACCGGUUUUAUAUCAGACAAUAUUUCGUGGACCGGAGGGAGUUGGGGGGGUGGGUGGAACUGCGUAUGGGAGGAGGCGCGGUGGGCGAUGUGGCGGUAUGGUUAAGUCCUGGCUAAAUCCUGGUUUAGACCCGGUUUAGACCUGGUUUAGUCCUGGUUUAGUUCUGGUUUAGUGACACAGUCUGUGCAGCAUACGGGAGAGGGGUACGGUCCGCAUGACGUGCGGGAGGGAGGUACGAUCCACGUGAUGUACGUGAGGGGGUACGGUCCACGGCCCAUGCGACAUAUGUGAGGGGGUAUGGUCCACGGCCCAUGCGACAUACGGGAGGGGGGUACAGUGCACGGUCCAUGCGACAUACGGGAG